AGAGAGGAACGUCCUCCGACUCAGUCUCUCUGCUGGUGAGAAGGGUUAACAUCUCUGAAGCCUUCGCUCUCCAUUUACCGUCCAGAUUCCAGAUUUGAUCCACCUGUUUUUUUUUUUGUUUUUUUAGGAUACAGAAAUGCUGCAGCCGUCAGCGGAGUUUUGAAUUUGGAUUCAAAGUAUGGAAACUUCUCAGCUGGACAUUUUCUGAGCUUUUUAAGACUUCUUAAAUCGCUUUAUUUUUAAACAACUGCCAAAUUCGUGUAGCGCAUUUCAGAUGCAACACUGCUGCCCAAGACCCAGCAGUGGUGAAAACAACACUACACAUAUGUAUUUUUGCUCCAGAUGAGGAUUUACGAGCUGCUGAGCGGUUCUAGCUGAUCACCGAACCAGUUAUAUCAGUAAGGAUGCUUCAUUUUUACACCUCUUAUUAUCUGUUAUCUGCCGCUUUGUGGAGCCUCAGCUAUCCUCGUUUGCUCACCGCUUGGCCGAAUGUCGGUGGAAACAAGCCAAAGCAUCAGUUGGACCCUAAUGUGAGGGACUGGGGAGACUAUUCAGAUCUUCCUCCUGGGAUCGAGCACGGAUUGGGACUGGAGGAGGACAGCGAGCAUGGAGGCAACAGGGGAGUUGGAGAGACUUCACCAAGCCUGGCUCCGGAGCUGGAUUUCCUGGCUGACUUUGCAGGUAAAAAGCGGCUGUGGGUGAUAACAGCUCCAUCACACAAUGACAACUAUCUUCGGAUGAUGGAGAAACAGCUUGAAGAGAUGGAGCAGAAAGGGCUGAACUGCCGUCUAGCAGAAAGAGACACCUUCAUCAUAACUAUCAUCCAGAACGCCAUGAUGGAAGGUAGAAUCCAGAAAACUACUUUUGAAGGGGAUGCCACAGUCGAGAGCCUGGACCCUGACACAGUUAGCAAGCUGCUGCACUACCUGGAGCUCACCAGCCAAGAGCAAGCGUUCACCAUGCUGGUUAUUAAGAAGAACUUACGGGCCAGCGAGCGCUUCCCUUAUCCGGUCCGUGUUGAGGCGAUUUUGGAGCUCAUCGAUCAGUUCCCCAUGAGGAAGCUGGAGAAGAUGACAAGAAAGGGAUCAAACUUGAGGUGUAAAACUGUAAAAAAGAAGCUCGUGAAGAGAAAGAAGAUGAAGAAGAUGGUGCUGAGCCCUCAAAGACAAGGAAAUGUUACUUCUGUGGUGCCAAGGAAGCCUCCUCUGGACAAGAAAGCUGCCCUGAAGAGUAAGAUCCAAGACAUACUGAGCGGCCGGUCGAGGUUCGUCAUCCGUAAGCAGCCUACGAAGGGAAAGGACUCCAGCAGUGGCGCUGGGGGGACUUCUAACGUACAAGAAAAAGAAAAAGUGGCCAGUUCUCCAAGGCGCAAUGAGGACACGAAGAAAGACAGGUCUGACUCCAUCGUGCAAGAAGGAAAGAAAAAACAUGGAGGGCAGAAAAAUGAAGAUAAAAUACAGUCGAACGUAAAGGAUGACACGCAGGAGAAACAGAGCUCUAAGAAAAAGGGCAAAGGGAAGAAGGGGAAGAAAGGGAAAGGAAGAGGGAAAAAGUCCAACAGAGAGGCGAGUGACAAGGAUAAAACAGCGCUGAAGGAGUUUGUGGACAGUUUUAAGGGGACAAGAAGGCUGAUGCUGAUCUCAACGCCGAGCAGAGACGCAACACUCUACGUUCAGCAGACUGAGGAGAACGAGAAGCAACACUGUGAACUCUCUAUCAGGAAGGUGACUGUGGCCACCAUUGUGGGUGAAGGCAGCGACGCCACGCUCUCGCUGCACCACCACCAGCUCGAGUCAGAGCCUCCACUCAGUGACCAAUCAGAGCAGUUCUCAGACCCAGGCCUGAUUUCUCUGUUGAGGGCAGAGCUCGGCCUGUCGUCCUCCGACCUCUUUUCAAUGACCGUCACUGAUUAUGACAUCAAGCCCAACAGAGUCUUUGAGGCUCCUCCAUCGAGCCUGGCUCUGUUUGAGUACAUUGACAACUUUCCUUCAAGGCACUCAGAGAAAGAGAAAGAAAGGAAAAGUCCUUCGGUCUGUUCCAAAGACACGCAACAGCUUGCAGCUGAGAAUUCCCUGCUCAGGUUCAUGUCUAAGAGGAGACUGCUGCUCAUCUCUGCUCCCUCCAAGGACGACUACUCUUUCCAGCAGCAGAUCUCCGCCCUCAGCGGACAGGAGUGUCACCUGGGUAUUCGCCACUUUGCCCUGUUAAAGCUGACUGGAAGUGGUGAAAAAGCUUCAGGAACUGUUGAGCUGUUCCCCUUAAAUGGUCGCAGUCAGAGCGAGGUCGAGCCAUUAUCCCGCGACAUGGUCAACAAUCUGAGAGAGCAACUCAAGAUCAGCAAGGAUUAUUUCAGCAUGCUGGUUGUGGGGAAGGACAGCGACGUCAAGGCGUGGUUCCCAUCGCCCAUGUGGUCCCUGGACAACAUCUACGACCUGGUGGACUCCAUGGAGCUUCGCCUCCAGGAGGAGAAGCUGCAGAAGAGGCUGGGGAUCCACUGCCCGGAGGACAGAGGGAGAGGAGGCAGCGACACGGGACACUAUGGUGGAUACGAUGACGACAGGGCAGAGGAGACAUACUUGUACCACAGAUCAGAGGAAUAAUGAGAAGUGAAGAAAAGCUGCCUACAUUUUUGACAUAAAGUGAAUCAACACAUGGAUUUGAUAUGAACAAAACAAUAACAAAUAACCUCAAAAACUCAUCUUCAGAACUCACAAGAAUCAAUGUUUAAAGUCUACAUAUGAUGCAUCUGUCGGAUACCACAAUAAAAAGCUGGAUCUUUUAUAGUUUUAUAUUGAAAAGCUGAGCAGAAAAUAAUGGAAUGGUUGCAUUUAAGAAAGUGUCUUAAUAAAAGCAUAUGUGCACCCUUCA